GUAGAUGGUUGCCAUGGAGAUAGGACUCCGGAAACGCUGAGUUUUGCAGCUGAUCCUGCUGAACAGAAAGGAUCCUUGUGGAGAUGAAGCCGAGCGGGGAGAACGUGUGGCAUAGUGAGAGAUUAUCACAGGUUCCUUUUAGGAUCUUAAAGGCACAUAGUGCUGCUGUGAGUUCUUGCCAUUUUUGUUUUGAGGAUACAAAAUUUCUAACAAGUUCUCACGAUGGAACAGCAAAACUAUGGGAUUUCUCUACCUGUUCGCAAAUCUGUGAGUUUAAAGGUGAAAAUACUGGUCCUAUCUCUGAGUGUAAUCCUACUAGUGACAACAAAAGGAUGGUGACAUCAUGUUAUGACAAAACUGUGAAGCUAUGGGAUAUACAGACCGGAAAUGUUCUGUGGUCGGUGAGCCUGGAUGGCCUUGUUACAUCAUGUAAUGUUUCAUUAGAUGGAAAGCACAUAGUAUGCUCUAUGGAUGUGGAAAAUAGCCUGUGUAUCAUUGACUGUGCAACAGGAUCCAAAGUGAUGUUUGUUAAAGACCAUCACAAGUCCACCAUAACAAGAUGUUGUUUUGAUCCAGAAAGUCAAAGAAUUUGUUCGGUGUCUUCUGAUAGAUCUGUGAAAUUGUGGGACAUAGCUGCGAAACGUACUACUAUCCAAAUAAACAGAGCACACGACAAUGUUAUUUCAGACUGUGGUUUCAGUUUUAAUGGCUGUUCACUGUGCACAGCUUCUUGGGACAAAAGUUUAAAGAUCUGGGAUGUUAACACUGGAGAGUUCCGCCACUGUGGACCAGAUAAUCUCCUCAAUGGUCACACAGGAUCAGUCGGCUGCUGUGUGUUUUCUCAGGAUUCUUGUGCCCUGUUAUCUGGAGGAUAUGAUAAAACAAUUGUUCUCUGGGAUGUGAUCUCUAAGUGCAAGAAGCUUGUGUUAAAGGGUCACACAGAUUGGGUCCUUGAUGUUGCAUUGAGCGCCAAUAAGAAAUGGAUUAUUUCUGCUUCAAAGGACACAACAGUACGAUUGUGGAACAUAGAAAAUGCUGAAGAAAUACCUGCGGUAAUUGAAAACAAAAAAGCUAUUCGUGGUCGGCUGUCUCAGUGUGAAGUUUGCAAAAAGCCAUUUCCUGUAAUGCACUGGGACAAUGAAAAUGUGAUCACCAAAUGCUUCUUCUGUCGCCUCUCUACCCCAUCUAAUCAUAUGCCCUCUAUACCUACUGAACCUCCAUGUGCCAUGGUGAUUUGAACACAUGAUCAUUUGAUGUAUACCUAGACCUGUAACCACAACAAGGGAGUAUCCUCUAAGUCUAGAGAAAAGAAGUUUUCACCAUCAUCACAUAUGGGGAUUCUUUACUGUAAGAGCAGUGAGACUAUGAAACUCUCUCCCACUGUUGUGAUGGCUGACUCAAUAAACAAGUUCAAAUUCCCGUAGGUGAAUUAACCCGGGCAAAGAGGAAUUGUUCCUCCAAAAAUUCCUUUUUGCGGGAGACUGGAUUCUUUUUUUGAAAAAUAUAAUAUCGCAAGUUAUGAAUACUAGAUUUCUGGAGACGGGGUGUUGAUCCAGGGAUUUAUUCUGACUUGGAAAUUUCCCCCUGGUAUGGGGCAAUUGGCAACUGAAUCAUGUGGUAAAAUA